AGUUUAGAUUGACAUACACAAGCACCGCUAUCACCGUCAGUGACAUUCGAAUAUAGACAAAGGCGCGCGCGCACGCGUCGUUUUAAAAAAGAAAACUGUUCUAUUUUUAAAAUGACCGGCUUAUUAAGAAUAUCCCUGUUGUUUUUCUUCGUGUACUCCGCUUUGGGCCAAGGAUCGGAGCCUGUAGUGAGGGUUUCUCAGGGUAUUUUACGUGGAGCAUGGAAGGUGUCCACGAAUGGAAGAACCUACGCCAGUUUUCAAGGAGUGCCGUAUGCCAGGCCACCAGUGGGAAAACACAGAUUUAGGGAACCGCAACAAGUGAAGCCCUGGUUAGGGACCUGGGACGCCACGAGAGCUCUCUCGCCGUGUCUACAGUACGACCCGUUCCUCGGCAAAAUUACUGGUAGCGAGAACUGUCUCUUCAUCAACGUGUACUCCCCAAGGCUGAAUCCGGGGGCCAACUUGCCCGUUCUAGUGUUCAUCCACGGAGGAGCCUUCAUGUACGGAGGGUCGGACCUCUACAAACCAGACAAACUGAUGGACAGAGAUAUGGUCGUAGUCACUUUCAACUACCGACUUGGUCCUCUUGGUUUCCUGAGCACAGGCGACGAGUUCGCGCCAGGCAACGCCGGGCUAAAGGACCAGUCGUUCGCGCUGCGCUGGAUCCAGAACAACAUCAUGAUGUUUGGCGGGAACCCUGACAGCGUCACGCUUACUGGCUGCUCCGCUGGUGGCGCUAGUGUGCACUACCAUUAUCUGUCGGCAAUGUCUAAAGGUACGUUCGCACGAGGCAUAGCCUUCAGCGGCUCAGCCUUCGCGUCCUGGACCCACGCAGUCAAGCCAGCCCAGAAAGCCAAAGCUCUGGCCGCCAUUGUCGGCUGCCCCACCACCGCGUCCAGGGAAAUGGUGGACUGCCUUAAGUACAGGCCCGGAGAAGUGAUCGUCAACGCACAGAUUGAGAUGCUUGAAUGGAAGGUCCACAUGUUCACGCCAUUCACGCCCACAGCAGAGCCGACGACAGCGAGAGACCCGUUCUUGACCCAGUAUCCAUACCACGCAGCCCAGACUGGGUCCAUGCACAGGGUGCCUCUCAUCACGUCUGUCACGUCCGAGGAAGGAUUAUACCCUGCUGCAGCAUACCAAACAGACCCCAGCCUCCUUCCCGAACUGGAGGCCCGAUGGGACCAGCUGGCGAGCAACAUCUUCGAGUACAACGACACUCUACCCCUCAAUCUGCGCCCUGACGUGGCCAGGAAGAUAAAGCAGCACUACUUGGGAGGACAGGCGGUCUCGCAAAGUACCUUUGGCCGCUUGGUACAGGCUCUAGGAGACCGUCUUUUCGUAGCGGACGUGGGCAGACUGGCUCAGCUCCACGCACUUAGGUCGGGGCAGCCGGUCCACGUGUACCGGUACUCGCACCGGGGCUCCGCCAGCCUGUCCGUACUAAUGGCGCUCAACGACAAUAACUAUGGAGUAAGCCACGCGGAUGAUAUCAUGCAGGUCUUCAACUUUGAAGGCCUGGAUUUAAAUUCUGCUGAAGACCAAAAGAUCCGUAACGUUUUGUUGGAUAUGGUAUAUAAUUACGCAUCGACUGGUGUGCCGAAACUACCCAAUGCUCCUGAAUGGACACCAGUAAGGCCGGGCGCUCCUGAGUUGGACUAUAUGGAAAUUUCCUCCCCCACCACCUUUGAAAUGAAGGCGAGCUCCGAUUUCGGACAGAAAUCCUUUUGGGACAGCUUGGGCUUCUUGGAGAUUGAUCGUUAUCAGCACCAUAUUAGGGACGAACUGUAAAAAAUAUACCUAGUCCCUAUAUUAUAAAUUAAGUCUUUUUUUUAAACAUUUUAUAAAUCUGUGUCAUUGAACAUUACAAAGUUAUUAUGUAAUUAAUGUUUUAUAUUACGUUUAUUAAUUUGUAUGCAAAAUGUUGAUUUUAAAGUGUAGAUAGAAUAGGUAUACUUUAUUAAAAGAACUUCGAGUAAAACCUUAAUAAAUUAUACACCUAAACCUUCCUCAGGAAUCAAAACUAUAUAUAAAAAAACCGCAUCAAAAUCCAUUGCGUAGGUUUAAAGAUUUAGUCAUACAUAGGGAUAUAGGGACAGAGAAAGCGACAUUGUUUUAUACUAUGUAGUGAUAACACGUGUCAAGUUUGUGUACUUAUAAAUACCAAAAAAGUUUGAGGAAGAAAAUGCAAAUUAUACCUUUCGCAACGAAGAUUUAUUUUUAUAUAGUAUGUAAAUUUCAUUCAUGUUUAUAAAACAUUAUAAACAAUAAAAAAUCGAAUAAAGAGGAUAAAGUAUUUCCAA